AUGGAAUCCUCUACCAAGCCUCCAUUGAACCUGAAAUGGCUUCUCUGCUUGCUCUCCGGAUUCAUUGGCCUCUUCCUUCUCUCCUACCUUAACAACAGACACAGCCCGUCUUCCCCUACCGUUGAAUCCCUUCAAAACCUCAGCUUUUACAAUCUAAGUACCAUUAUUCCUAAGUUCAAUCACUCAGUCGUCGAAGCACCACAGCCCGUCAUUAUCGCCCCUAAUUCUCCUCCUCCUCUCCCCACCAUUGCUUACUCUUCAGCCUUGCCUCCACAGGAAAGUAUUCCAGAGAAAACCUGCAACAUAUUGGAAGGCAAGUGGGUUUACGAUCCCAAAGAAUAUCCUCUUUACAGAGAGAAGCAGUGUCCCUUCCUCAGCCAGCAGGUGAGCUGCCAGAAGAACGGGAGGCCGGAUUCUGACUAUAUGAGGUGGAGAUGGGAAGCCCAAGGCUGCGAUAUCCCAAGGUUUAAUGGAACUGAAAUGCUGAUGCGGUUGAGAGGGAAGCGAGUGGUUAUUGUGGGAGACUCGCUGAAUAGGAAUCAAUGGGAGUCGCUUGCUUGCCUUCUCUACUCUUCUGUUCAUCCAUGGCGUGCCGUGAUCAAGCUGCGGGGCUCUUACAAACUGUUUCGAGCCAUCGAUUAUGACUGCUCAGUGGAGUUCUACUGGAGUCCAUUCCUAGUGAGAGUGGAUGAGAACAAAGACGGGGAUAAAAUUCUCAAGCUCGAUAAGAUGCCCGAAGAGUCUCGUAUGUGGCAAAGCGCCGCUGUGCUCAUCUUCAACACCGGCCACUGGUGGACACAUAGCGGCAGAACCAGAAGUUGGAAAUACUAUGAGUGGAGAGGGCAGCUGGUGGAGGAUAUGGAGCGGGACGCCGCAUAUGAGAUAGCUAUGCGGACUUGGGCUACAUGGGUUGAUCGCCAUGUAAACCGGGACAAGACAGCCGUCUUCUUUCGUAGCAUUUCUCCAGAGCACAAGAGGGGAAACCUACAUUGGUGCUACAACGAAACCAAGCCAAUAAGUACUCAUGAACGAUACAUACAAACGUUUCCAAGAUCCAUGGUUUCCAUAGUGGAGAGAACCAUAGGGGAUAUGAAAACACAAGUCAAGUAUCUGAACAUUACUGGACUGUCAGAGUCGAGAAGAGACGGCCACACAUCCAUAUACACUACAAGGCAGGGAAAGCUCCUUACAGAAGAUGAGAGGAAGAAACCAGAUGAGCUCGCCGAUUGCAGCCAUUGGUGCCUGCCAGGAAUUCCAGAUACCUGGAACAAUCUGCUCUAUGCCUCCAUUGUAAGAUCUUCUAGCGUUAUUUUUUAGUUCGGUAAUUGUUUAGCAGAGACGCCUAAUUCACAGAUCAAUUUUUUCACCACAUCAAAUGAUGGGAGAGGGAGAACCAAUCAUGUCGAUCAAUGAUCGUCACUCUAGAAUAACAGUAGCAUUUUGUUUUCAUCCCACAAGUGUAUUAACUAUUAACGAUCAGGGUAUUCUUUUUUUUUUCUUCUUCUUCUUUUACUUUGAUGAGUC